UUAUGACAUCCCAGCAGACACGAGGCCCCCAGGGACCAGUCCCUCUCCGGCACUGGCACCAGGGCCCUUGCCCCACUAGAUCGGGCCUCCCAAGCUUGGGGUCCCUUUUCCAGUCGGCAAGAGAGGCACUCCACUCCUGCUCCAGCCCAAGGAGAACCUGCCAACUCCAAGGGGUGGCCAUUGAGGGGAUCCGUGACAUAAGUCCUUCAGAGGCAGCAGGGACAAGGAGCUGUAGGGAGAAUAGGGCAGGCCUGGGGUGGGGGGUGCUGGCAAGGUGCAGACCCACCACCCCAGCCCAACCCCUCCUCCGCAAAUCCCAUCAUCUCUGCCCUGUGCCCCAUGAACAAACCAGCUCCUUUCCAGCCCAGUGACCAGCACAGGCUCGAGACGUUUCCCUCAGACAUUGUCUGCCUGACCACCUCUUCCAGCACAGCGAGGGGCAUGGGAUCUGGAGGCCAGAGCGGGCCAGGCCUAGGGGUGGGGAGAAAAACAUCACUAUUCUUAGAUCCCUCGUCCUCCAGGGCUCGUCCUCCAGGGCUCGGGUCAGGCCGAGCAGUCACAUUCCAGAGGUAGAAGCCAUCAGCCCACACAAAUGCUUCUGUUCCCUGAGGAGGCCAAGGGUCACCAGGAACUAAAAUCAGCUUUUCCCAAGAAAAGCAGGAGACGGGGUGGGGGGUGGGGGCCAGGGGUAGAAAGGCCAAAGGUCACCCAGUAAACACCUUCCAGCUGCCCCUGCUGGGAAAGCCCCUCUGAGUCCAGACGGAUGAGGACAGAAGCAUUCUCACCCUCUAGGCUACCCGCUGGCUGAUUCUUCCUGGUAGGGGGUGGUCCUGUGCAUUCUAGAUUAUUGAGCAGCUCUCUGGCAGCCCACCGCCCGCACCCCCUCACCACCCCCACCUAAGUGGUGACAGCCAAAUCUCUCUCCAGGCACGGCCAGGGUAGGUAUUUGGGGUAGGUAUUUAGGAGCCUGCUGUUCUAUGGACUCUGUUCUCGGCCUGGAAUCCUCUUCCCACAUAGCACAAACCCCCGCCAGCCCUGCAGUCUUCCAGAACUAAACCCACACAUCACCUCGCUCAGAAAGUUUCCCGUGGACCCCCCCAUCUUACGAGUUUUGCCCCCACGGAUGCUGUGAUGGAGUUUAGCUCUUGUCACCCAGGCUGGAGUACAAUGGCAAGAUCUCGGCUCACAGCAACUUCCACCUCCCGGGUUCAAGUGAUUCUGCUGCCUCGGCCUCCCAAAGUGCUGGGAUUACAGGUGUGAGCCACUGCUCCCAGCCGAUAGCGGAUUACUCUUAAUGCCCUCCAGCAGCUGCAGGAAUGGAAGAGCCUAGUCCAGCCCCGAAUGUGAAGGUCUGGCCUUCAUUCACAGCAACUGUGGUCCUCAGAACUCCGGGUUUUAACUCGGGGCCUCGACUACCGGAUCAUCCCGUCUCUUGCUCCAACCACUGGGUCCCGGGUCCCCAGAGCGCCCACCCCAGUGCACCUUGCAUGCUGGCCCAUGGAGGGCCCCCUUGCUGGGAACCCCUUCUCCCCGUGAAGGCUGCCGGCAGGACAAACGAUGGAAGAGCUUGGCAUACAGCCUGGUGGGCAUCAGCUCCCUUGACCCAGUGGAUAUCGGACCCCAGGUGGCCCGGUUAUUUGUCCAGGUGCCCAGGGAGGACCCGCCUGCAGCAUGAACCUGUGGCUCCUGGCUUGCCUGGUGGCCGGCUUCCUGGGAGCCUGGGCCCCCACUGUCCACACCCAAGGUGUCUUUGAGGACUGCUGCCUGGCCUACCACUACCCCAUUGGGUGGGCUGUGCUCCGGCACGCCUGGACUUAUCGGAUCCAGGAGGUGAGCGGGAGCUGCAAUCUGCCUGCUGCAAUAUUCUACCUCCCCAAGAGACACAGGAAGGUGUGUGGGAACCCCAAGAACAAGGAGGUGCAGAGAGCCAUGAAGCUCCUGGAUGCUCGCAAUAAGAUUUUUGCAAAGUUCCGCCACAAUACGCAGACCUUCCAAGCAGGCCCUCAUGCUGCAAAGAAGUUGAGUUCUGCAAACUCCAAACUACCAUCGUCUAAGUUUAGCAACCCCAUCAACAGCAGCAAGAGGAAUGCCUCCCUCCUGACAUCAGCUAAUUCAGGAGAAUGGGACUGAAAGCUCCUAGUUUCUGAUCAACAGCUUGGUCUUGCUGGUGACCAGCCCCCACCCAGAAGCCCACCAAGAGUCACCUCAUUAGAAUAAAAGAUGUCCCCAUUACCCAGGAAA